AUGUCCAACGUUUCGCCCCCUUCCAUCGCGUCCGCCAACCCCGAUAUGGUCAGCGGGAUACGGUGGUCCGUCAAUCGGUCCUGCGGGAAGUUGUACGUUCGAAUCUUCUCGCUCCGGUCCGCGCCUCGCACCUGGUUCCUUCGCACCGACCGUCGCGCCUCUUGCUCGAUCUGCAGCUUGCGGUCCAUGAGGCGAGCCCGUAGCACUUUGUAG